GCCGCCGCUCGCGCAGGCGGUGUGGGGGGGGCGGAGGAGGCGGCGCUGGGAGUCACCGCGCACGGCGCCUUCUGACGCCUGACCCCGGGUGCCGCCGGUUCCGCGGGCGGCCAUGCUGCGGGCGUGUCACCGAGCGGGGGUCGCUGCGGCCGCGCAGAGCAGCCGCUGCAGGAGAGCACCGCUCCGGCCAUCACGGCUCUGCCGGGGCUAUGCCAGCUCCUCAGGAGAAUCUGGUGUUUCUGUAGGCAAAAUCAUUGGUGCAGGUGUCCUGGUGGUGGGUGGAGGAGUAGGUGGGACUGUCCUGUAUGCCAGCUAUGAUGCACAGUUUCGGGAGAGCGUGGAGAAGGCUGUUCCCUACUCGGACAAACUCUUCGAGCUGGCACUUGGUCCUGCGCCUUACACUGUACCCAUGCCAAAGAAACCAACACAGCAAGGUCCACUGAAGAUCUCAUCUGUAGCAGAAGUAAUGAAAGAGUCUAGAAUGCCUGCUAGCAAAUCUCAGAUGAGCAAAACAGAAGCUGUUGCUCCUUCAGAAGAAAAAGAAGCAGGCCAGGCUGCAGCACAGAUCAUCUCGGCAACAGGGGUAGCCAUGUCGGUGCCAGCUCCAGGGAUACAGACUGAAGAAGGUAAAGAACACGAAGGUUUCCGUGCUAUAAAGGAAAGGUCACCAGAAGAAGUUGCAGCCCGGCUUGCCCAGCAAGACAAAGAGGAGCAAGAGAAGGUGUCAGCCCUUGCUGCAACUUUGGAAGCAGCCCUCAGCUCAACAACUCGUACAACCCUGCAGGCAAUCACUGCCCAGGAGUCUGCAGUGCAGGCAGUGAAUGCCCACUCCCAAAUACUGAAGGAGGCCAUGGACAGCUCUGAGGAUGCUGGGGAGAAAAAACCAUCUCAGUGGCGCACCCUGGAGGAAGCGCUGAAGGAUCGGAGGAGAGCAGUGGAUGAAGCUGCUGAUGCUCUUCUGAAAGCCAAAGAGGAGCUGGAGAAGACAAAAGGUGUAAUUGAGAAUGCUAAGAAGUCUCAGCUUGCAGGAGCCAAACCUCACAUUGUUGCUGCAGAGGAAAAUCUUCAUCACCUGAUAGUUGACUUGGACAAUGUUGUGAAAAAGGUUCAGGCAGCACAGACUGAGGCCAAGAUAGUUGCUCAGUACCAUGAGCUCGUGGCUACAGCCAGAGAAGAGUUUCAACGAGAGCUUGACAGUAUCACCCCUGAUGUAAAACCUGGCUGGAAGGGGCUAAAGAUAACUGACUUAGCUGGACAGUUAUCAACAGAUGACUUAAACUCCCUGAUAGCACACGCCCACCGCCGCAUCGAUCAGCUGAACAAGGAGCUGGCAGAGCAGAGGGUGAGGGAGCAGCAGCACAUUGAGACAGCCCUGGAGAAGCAGAAACUUGAAGAUAAAAAAGCAUUUGAGGCAGCUGUGGCCAAAGCACUGGAGCGUCACAAAAGUGAGAUCGAACUAGAACAGGAGAAAAAGGUUGAAGAAGUCCGAGAGGUGAUGGAGAGUGAGAUGAGGACCCAGCUGAGGCGCCAGGCUGCUGCCCACACUGACCAUCUGAGAGAUGUUCUGAAGAUCCAGGAACAAGAGCUGAAGGUGGAAUUUGAGCAGAACUUGUCAGAGAAACUCAGUGAGCAGGAGAUGGAAUUCAGACGCCUCACUCAGGAGCAGCUGGACAACUUCACCAUGGAUAUAAACACUGCCUAUGCCAGGCUGAAGGGAAUCGAGCAAGCAGUUGAGAGUCACGCAGAAGCAGAAGAGGAAGCCAGAAAAGCCCAUCAGCUGUGGCUUUCUGUUGAAGCCCUCAAAUACUGCAUGAAAACAGCCUCUGGGGACAGUCCCACAGAGCCCCUGGAGAGCGCAGUGAAGGCCAUCAAAGCCAGCUGCUCCAACAAUGCCUUCACAGACACCUUGACAGCAGCUCUGCCCCAGGAGUCCCUGACACGGGGGGUGUACAGUGAAGAGGCCCUCAGAGCACGUUUCUACACAGUCCAAAAACUGGCAAAACGAGUAGCUAUGAUCGAUGAGACAAGAAACAGCUUGUAUCAGUACUUCCUGUCUUACCUCCAGUCGCUGCUGGUGUUUCACCCUCAGCAGCUGAAGCCCCCCACUGAGCUCAGCCCUGAUGACCUCGACACCUUUAAAUUACUGUCUUAUGCUUCCUACUGCAUCGAGCACGGAGACCUGGAGCUGGCAGCUAAAUUUGUCAACCAGUUAAGAGGAGAGUCCAGGAGGGUGGCUCACGACUGGCUGAACGAAGCACGAAUGACCCUAGAAACAAAACAAAUUGUGGAUAUCUUAACAGCUUAUGCCAGUGCUGUGGGGAUAGGAACAACUCAAGUGCAGUGAGGGUAGUUACCAAGGCAGUUCAGCAAUUGUUUGUGCUGGAAAGAAAUUCCACCAUCUCCCAGAGGUUGCAAACCAAGCUGCUGGCAGGGGCUGGAAGCGUUCGAUCCAAGCCCAGGUACCGUCCUGUUUCCUUGCACUGUAUUUAACACCAUCACCUGUUGUAUUUGUAUUGGGUUUGAGUUAUCAUGACAACCAUCUUCAGGAAGCUUCUCUACAAUUUGUGUAACAAGUUUGUUUCCCCAUCUUACCAAGCGGGCUUGUGAUCCAACCAAAAUGAUGUUUGUAACCUACCAUUAAUGAUUUGCCACUUCGUCAGCUGAAUAAAAAAGAUUCAACCACUUU